UCGACAGGCGACCUGAUCAUAUCCAAAUUUCGCUAUUCGAUUCCAACCCAUCGAACAGCGAAAUCGUGAUACCCUCGACAAACCGCAAUCAUGGCUGACACCGAAUACAAUGCCGAGGAGGCUGCUGAGCUGAAGAAGAAGAGAACCUUCCGCAAGUUUUCUUACCGCGGCAUUGACCUCGACCAGCUCCUCGACCUCUCCUCCGACCAGCUCCGUGAUGUCGUCCACGCCCGUGCCCGCAGACGUAUCAACCGUGGCCUGAAGCGCAAGCCCAUGGGCCUGAUCAAGAAGCUCCGCAAGGCCAAGCAGGAGGCCAAGCCCAACGAGAAGCCCGACCUCGUCAAGACUCACCUCCGUGACAUGAUUGUCGUCCCCGAGAUGAUCGGAAGCGUCAUUGGCAUUUACUCCGGCAAGGAGUUCAACCAGGUGGAGAUUAAGCCCGAGAUGGUUGGCCACUACCUGGCUGAGUUCUCGAUCUCUUACAAGCCUGUCAAGCACGGUCGUCCUGGUAUCGGUGCCACCCACUCUUCUCGUUUCAUUCCUCUCAAGUAAAUUCAAAAUGGAUGCGGUUUCUUCGGGGUUCUUGCAUUUUGUCGAUUGGUCUCGGCGAAUGGUUUCGGCUUUGCUUGGAACAGCAGUGCCGGUACUACCUAGCAAGGUAGCAAUGGAAUGAAGCACACGGUGCAUUUGAAAGUAUGAAAGGGGCUCACGGCCACCGCGUUGUAUUAUGAUGUCCUCGAAGGCGUGGUUCUCUAUGCUAUGCGCCGUAUAUCCGUGACGAGAUCGACUUGAAAUAAAAUCCGAGAAUUUGGGC